UAUCUCUUGCGCCCCCAACAGGAACUAUGAGGUUCUUCAAGAGAGCGCAGCAGUUGCAAGCGACGCUGGAGACUCCGAAUUCGUCAACAGUGGAGUUGCCAAUGCCGGAGAACGAAAUGCACCAGCUGUCUCAGGAGGUGUCGAACCUGCGGGCCAACCUGGGCAGGGCACGAGCGCACUUUAACACCCUGCGUGGCGCCCUGAGCCAGAAGGAUAAGAGCCUCCACGAGAUGCUGCACCAACUCGAGAUCCACCGUUCUGAGGAGCUACAGGCGCACUCGCAGGCCAUCGACAGCCUGCAGGCGGAGUUGGAGGCAGCGCGGCGGGGUGAGCGGGAGGCCGAGGAGCGUUCCGUGCACGACGCCAAAGCCGCGUCAACGGCGUCAACGGAGCUGGCAGAGUUCACGCUUAGGACUGAGCGGCUUCAGGAGCAGCUGAGACAUGAGCACGAGAAGACUCUGAAUCUGGCACGCAUGGAGCUGGCCGAAUAUCGUGCAUCGCACACGCACGCCGACUCAGAGUACGACGCUCACGUCGUGCACAUCGCAGUCCUGCAGAAGGAGCUGAAGGAGCGUGACGAACUGCUGCGGCGCUCUGAGGCCGACCUGGUGGUGGCACAGGAAGUGGCACGAGAGCGUGGCAUUGAAGCCGAGCGGCUGGGCGCCGAGGUCGCGGAGCUGAGUGUGACCGUGCGUGACCUCUCUGCCAACCAAGAGGUGCAGCAAACUGAGGUGGACACCCUGCGGGAUGAAGCACUGGAGUUGCAGCAACGGCUGCAGGAGACCAACGCAUGCUUCGAGGAGACCGCCAAUUCUCUGGAGCAACAGCAUGAGCGUGCGGAGCUGUCUCAGGCAGAACUAGUGGCGAUGCAGGCGCGGCUAGGCGAGCACAAGGUGGAGUGCGAGCGGAUGCUGCAGAAUGAGAAGUGCCGUGCCCAGGAAGAGCUCGACAACACCAGGGGCAAGAUGGAGUUCAUCAAGGCCGAGCUGGGAGUCUCCAGGGCAGAGGAGGCCGCGACGGCACAGGAAGUGGUGCGCCUGCAGUACACAGUUCAUCACGCGGAUGCAGAGAUGAAUUUCAUGCGCGGCCAGAUCGACGGACUGCAGCACCAGCUCAUCGAGAACAACAAGCAGCUGGGAUCCCUGCAGGCGGGGAUUCUGGGCUACCAGCGCGUGGUGGGGGAGCUGCAUGCUGCGCUGGCGCCAUCCAACGAAAACUUGCAGAGCUUGCACGCACAGCUCCAGGAUCUGCAAGUGCUGCACCAGCAGAGCGAGGCGAAGCUCAUUGAUAGGAAUUGGCAGCUGGAAUCUCUGCAGGCAGAGAUUCAGUGGUACCAACGUGUGGUGGUGGAGCUGCACGCCGAGUUGGCGCCCUACCGCGACAACAGGCAGAGCGCACACUCAGAGCAGCAGCGUCUGCAGAGCGAGGUGGAGCUUCCUACGGUUGAAGAAGAGGAAAUCUCUGGCUGCUCACUGGAGCCCGGCGUUCAAUAAGCCUUCCAAGACCUGCCCCCCAAGGCCUCCAACACCC